AUGUCUUCACAAUUUGAAAAUUCAAUUGAAAAUAUUUUUUCAGAAAUAGAGAAUCUGAUUAGACAAGAUGAAAUUCAAAACCAAUCCAACAUUGAGGAAAAGUUUAAAAAAGCAAAGUCAUUAAUUGACGAAUUAGAAGAAGAUGAUGAGAAACAGUAUGGAUUUUAUAGACAUAAGUAUCAUGUAAAAUAUGCUAGUUAUUUAAGAAUUGUAGGUGAAACGGAGCGUGCUAAUAAGCAAGAAAACCGAGCGAAAAAUUUUGAACAGUUUGUAGGAAAUUCCGAAAAUGAAUCAGAAACAGAACCAACGUUGCUUACGGAUUCUAGUAUAGUAUUCAAUCCUAAGGAAGAAUGCAUGCAGGAAGCUGAGGAACAACUAGAAAAGCUUGAAAAUAGCUUAAAAAAAAAGGAUUUCGAAGCAAUUCAAGAAGAAUUUAAACGGCUUUACGAGAUACCCAAAACCUUAGAAAACUAUAAAAAAGUCAUUGAUUAUGAACAAAUAGAUUAUUCAAAAGCCAAUGUAGAAGAAUUGAUUACUUCUUUGAGUCAUUUAAAAAUAUUAGGCAGUGAGAUUGCAUAUCACAAAAGAAUAUUCUUUAUGCGAUAUACUUUAAAUUCUUCUGAUAAAAUAAAAGUCUUGUUUGACGGUGUUAGUUUGGUGAAAAGAGAAAUCAAUAAACGUUACAGAGAACUUGCUAUGUAUUUUCAUUCUGAUAGAACGAGUCAUCCUAAUACUCCAAUUUGGCUACGAAAUGAACAUAAAACUCUAGGUGAUGAAUUAUUUGAAUUUAUUGCAGAGUCUAAACAAUGCUUGUUGGUUGAUAUGGAAAAGGUUUUUCAUGAAGAAAAAGCACAUAAAUUUUGGGAAAUUGCGGUCGAUUAUCGUAAUGCAGCUAAAGAACAAUGGGAUAAAUUAAAGGUAUUACGCCAGGAAGAAAUCAAGGAGUGUUCUUCUAAAGAUUUAGAACGUCUUAGUAUAACUAAUGGGAAAUUAGCAUACGAAGAAUAUCGAGCAUCUUGUGAACUUGUAGAUAAAACUGAUCUGAAAAAGCGAAUAAAAUUACGAAAAAAUAUGGCAUUAUGCUUAUAUCUUGCCAAUCAAUUAUUAGAAGCCCAAUUAUAUGCUUUAUCAGCAAUUCAUUUAUUAUUAAAAGAUCCAAUGGUUAAUCGGCAGGAUUAUAUGGAGGCAAAACAAAUACUCGAUAAGGUUAGAGAUAAUAAUUAUAUUAAAAAAGCAAAUGACAACGUAAUCGACUUAGUAAGAUCAAACCAGAGAAUUUCUGCUUUCGAUAUAGCGUCUAUUCAGCAUACAAUCAAGGAUGAUAUAGAAAAAAUAAUUACUGAAUUAAUGCUCAAGCCAGACUAUCGUUUGGUUCGAUGUCAAGUAUCUGGAGAUACUCUUUCUACUAUAUAUUUUCUGAUAUAUUUAUUAAUCAAUCCAUUUUAUUUACUGGUGCGAAAUAAUGCUCAUGAAAAAUACAAUAAAAUUAUAACCGAUGCACUAAAUGCUCAUUGUAAUGAAAACUAUCAGAAAUUUCUCGAGAUACUUUCAACGGAAUAUAAAGCAGGUGUCAGUAUUUUAAAAUUUAAGGAACGCGAAGAUGCUAUUGUUCCUAAAGAUAUAAUAGAUAAGCUUAGAAAUCUUGGUGUUAGGCCAGAUGCCAUUGCUUAUCUAUUAAUUUUGCUUGGUGAGGUCUUAACUAGUGGGAGAAUAAAAAUUGAAGGAAAAAAUGUAAAUAAUUUAAAGGCUUAUGCAAAUGAUCUUUUUUAUGGGGCACUGAACGAAAAACUUGUAGCAGAUGCCAAAAAGUUAGAUGAUAAAAUCCAUAAAUUGCGAAAAGGCAAUUCUAGUAAAGAUUCUAUUUCUAAAGAAGACGAUCAUGAUGCUCAAGAAAUGCCCUUUGUAUCAAGGUUGGAAGAAAUGCGUAACAUUGCAAGGAUCAAUAUUUCAAUUCUUAAUAUCUUAAGUGAUCCGAAACAAGCUAUCGAAAUUGUUAAAGAAAUCCGGGAAUCAAUAAAUCAUAAUUAUCAGUUUGUUAGUACUGUUAGUACCCGCUUAGAAACCUUAGAAGAUUAUUUAUGGAUCAUUAGCGGUGAUGAAAUAUCUGAAUUUUUCGAGGGGUCGACAGAACUAUUUCAAUUCAAAGGCGGAGAAAAUAAAUUUAUUUGUUAUUUGAAUGAACAAUUGCGACAGACAUCAUCUACACAAGAAAAAAUCAGAAUAAAUAAUGAAUUAAUGAACAAUUAG